UGACGGGAGAGAGGGAGACAAGGGAGGGGGUUGAAGGGAGGAGAGAACGGUGUGGGCGUGUCAUGGCGGAUUACUAUGAUGUUGAGGCAAUCCUGGCAGAGGACGAGCGAGUACCCGUGACCUUCACAACAGGAGCGACAGGGGUCGGCCGUGCUUUGGAUCCAAGCUGUGAUGACAAUGAUCUCAAGAGAGGAACGAAAGUUGAUCUACCUUUCUGGAUGACGCCCAUGCUCGCUGCCAGAAAUAUGAUAACAGUGGGAAUUCCAGCUUGCUUCGAUAACAGGGUCCGUAAGGAGGUACAAGCAGACGCAGGAUGUGUAGAUAUGCGACAGCGAUGUUCGUAUUUUUAUGAUCUGGGAUCAAGAUUGACGAAUAUGGUGCGGGAUCCGACACUCGGCCAGUUCAUUCUUUUGGCAUUCGGGGCACGGUAUAAGGAGCUUCUCUGCAAGGCACACAACGCUUCCGACGAAGAAGUCACCCGGUGCAUGAAGACACUUUCUCAAGAAGAAUUAGAUGUGUUUCAAGCGGGCAGAGAUUCCAUGCUGGAGUUCAACCGAUGGAGGGCUCGAACCCAUGCCAAGUUGGAGAUGGCUCCGAUUCUUGGACGGAAGCGGAAGAGAACAGCCCUCAGCUCAUUCUGAAAAGCAGGCGGCCACAGCUUGACCUGCCUUCGACUUACAGGAGUUUCCUUUUCAACCCUUUUGUUUUGUAGGAACGCAGUAGAUCGAAAUCGAAUCCAGUUCCUCCGCUUUCCUUUGUUUGGCAAGAGGAGCGGCGAAUGUUUGUAUUUGUGCACGCACUCCCAAGCUUUCGUGACCUUUUUCAUGCACACGCUGAUUUGUCUGCAGGCAUCAGGCAACUGUUUUUGGAACCGUGUUUGUUUGUAUUCGAGCAGCGGACAGGAUCAUAACUUUGCGUCCAGGUGGUGCGUAUCGAUUCAGCUGUUUGCGUUAAUUCGCUGAUUUGUCUGCAAGCAUUGGGCCGAGGACUUCAACACUUGUCUUUCGGAGUAUAGCAAUACGGGCAA